GACUCACCUGGCUAACUUGAUGCUGGGCAUGAUGAGAGGCAUCAUGUGGAAUAACACACUGCUGCAGGCACAUCUGCGCACGGAACGACAGCAGCGACAAAAGUACCAGCAAGACAUUGCUGCUUUAACAACUGCCAUCCGCGCCGAAGCAACGCAGCAGCAGCAACAGCAUCAGCUGUUGAACUCCGCUCUCGCACGCAUCAACAGCAUUGAGGCUAACGCCUCAACAGCGCCAGGCUGCACGACAGACGCAACGAAGCAACUCAAUGAGCGCAUCGAUCACGUCGUCACCAUCAUUGGCGACAUAGGUGUUUUCAAUGGGCCGGAAACGAUCCGUAGCACGGUGGCCGCCAUCAAGACGGACAUCACCGACCUGCAGACGAGACCGGACGCCGCUACAAAGACUUACAAGAUGCCGCACUUUGACAUCAGCAAGUUCGAUGACUACAACAAGUCGGACACCUUGACAUGGUGGCAACGUUUCCUCACGGAAGCAUCAUGCCGCACGGUCCCGGCAGACGACAUGAUGAAGGCACUCUACUUGCAACUAAUUGGAGGAGCGCAGGCUUGGAUGAACCAUCUGGCGGCUACCAACAAAUGCACCAUCGCCKAACUCCACACGCACAUCACGUGGAAAGAGUUCGAGAAGCUAUGGUUCACCCGGUUCAUGGUCCGCAACGUUGUGAAGGCGGCCAUGAACGAGGUGUACACCUGCUCUCAAGGAAAUAUGCCAACUCGAGACUGGACAACCAAGUGGCAGAAGAUAGUGACCACGCCAGGAUUCGAUUUGAGUUUUCCAAAUCAACAAUCCAAGUUCUUCUCGCGAUCGUGCGCGGGACUGCGGUCGGCACUCGGCAACGAGUACGACUAUGACACGUUCUAGACCAUUCUGGAUCGUGCGAACUUAGUCAUCCAAACGGAUGAGAAGGCUGCAAACGAACGGCAGUCCCAUCCGCAUUAUGUGGCUAAGCAGGGCUAUCAACGUCCGACACAUAACAAUGCCGUGAUUUAUGAAGAAACAAACGAUCUCCACGUUG